AUGUUUAUGUUUAAUUGGGAAAUCUGUGAAGCUGGGCUGCGAAUACUCGGAGGCAGGGAUGCACUCAAAGACGAGUUUCCUUUUGCUGUGCGCUUGGAGGAACAGUACACGGUGGUUACAGAUGGUAAGACACAAGUGGAGUACCAUCAAUACUGCACAGGAGCAGCUCUCACUCCAUCUUGGAUACUUACUGCAGCCCACUGUAACGAUGGUGAUGAUGAAAUAUCCACAAGUAAACAAAAUAAAUUUGCAAGAUAUAAUAGCUACUUCCCAAAAGAAUUGGGACACUUGAGUCCUAUUACUAAAGUGCUAGCCCAUCCAAAUUACUUUAUGUAUGCAUUUACCAGUUUAAGAGCUAUUUACGAUGUAGCACUGUUACAGACUGCAAAUAUUAAAGUCGGUCGGUAUGGAAAAAUCAGUGCUAUCGACUACAUGAGCUUCGUAGGACACGAAGCUGUAGUACUAGGGUUUGGUGGCACUAAUGCUACUCCGACGGAGAAACCUUUGCAAGUUUUGAAGGGCAUGCUAAAAAAUUGUGGAGAGGAAGUGGGCAAUGUGUAUGGUUUUUUAUGUGUUGUACCACCGUGUGGUCUGGAGGCGACAAUCUGUGGGGGAGACUCAGGGGGCCCCGUCGUCCAUGCUUCAGGAAUAUUCGGCGUCAAUUCUAUGUCUACGGGAAAUUGUAACGAGUUCAGCCACACUCUCUAUCCAGGAGAUGCAGCAGCUAUCGUCUCUAUGGUCAGUCCUCUUAUUGAUUGGAUAUCAAAUAUUAUUUCGAACAAAACGAAUGGGAGAUCAUAA